AUGGGAGAUCGAGUAAAGUCAUUGAAUCCUCUUAGUAAUACAAAACGAAGAUUCCGUUAUCUAAAUUUCGAGGAGCGAAUAAGUACUGUUACGGAUGUUGUCCAACUCGCAACAUUUAGUUAUAGCGGAAGAGCAAAACAAAUUGCGGAUAACUCGACGCACUUCCAGGAAGAACUGACAGCCUAUAGAAACCAGUUUGAUAUUUGUGAUGAUUUUGUCUUCUUCUUCAACGAGGUGUGCGAUCUGGUGAAGAGUCCCGAGAUGCUACUUCACAAUCUACCGAAAGUCAUCGAUAUCAUCGUCUACCACAUCUCAAUCCCCGAUUCUCAAGCAAUCGACUCUAUUUUGAAACUCGUCUCUGUACUCUCUCGCGACAUGCGGUUGCUUGCUCUCUCCUCUUCUCUGAUUCAUAGCGGCGAAUUGAUCGUUUACUACGACAAGCUCCUCCCCACGCUGCUCUCUCUCAUGGACCCGCAAGAGCCCGAGAAAACAUCCAACGUGUUCCAAACGCUGCUCAUGAUGUUCCGAAACCUCAACGGCGACGACAUUCGCGACCACAUUUCGAUCAUUCGCAAGUACUACGGCCCUCUCUUCGGCCACAAAACCCCGUUCGUUCGCCAGUUCGCGUGCGAAUCCUACUGCUACCUGCUCCGUCACAUGAGUUCCGCGAAGAAAGUCGAGAUCAAAAGUGCGUCGAGCGUCUCCAAACUCGCUCGCGAGCAAGGGAACGAACAAAUCAAAGAGCUUCUCGUCAUUCUGAAGGCAGUGUCUCGCAAGGAAUCGAUUUCGGAGCCCAUGGUCCUCGGAAUCUCCUCGCUGCUGUUCGAAUCGAUUCGAGGCGUCGGCGGCCAGGCGCGUCGCAAUGGAAUCGACAUUUACAAAGCGUUGAUCGACGUGCUGGUGGGGAAGAAGCCGCUGAAUAAAACCACUUCGAAGCCUGCGCAGAGCUUUGUGGACAUCAUGGCCAUCGAUCCGCAGAAAAGCGGUCCGUUCCUAGCGGCGAUUCGCGACGGACUGGAUCGACUGAAUCAGGGAAACGAGGAACCCUUCAUCGAUCUGCUGACCAUCUGGGUGCAGUUCAAAUCGGGGAUCCACGUGAAACACAAUCCGGACUUCUUCGAAUUCGUGCAGAACGCGAUUCCGCUUCUGCUCAAUCGCUUGGAUCCUUCCGCGGAUCGCUCGCGUGUUUCGCUCAUUUCGCUGCUCCAUUCGCUCUGGAUCCACACCGAAAAGCAGGGAAAUUCCAACGUGAUGACGCAGAACCGACUCAUGCGAAACUUCACGUCCUGUCUGCAAUCCUCCAAACCCUCCCUUUUCUUCGUUCCCCGCGCUUUUUUUAGAAUGAGUCGUAGAUUCAGCAGCUGA